AUGGUGAUUGCCGGAGCUCCUGAGCCGUCGCCAGAGCGCGUUGCCGCCUGGUCGGCAGUCGUCGCCAAGCCCCCGUCAGUCCCCGAAACGGGGACCAUGGCGACGAAGCCUCCUGUGCCACCGGCUCCGAGGCCCUCGACAACAGUCUCUGAAAAGCUUCUUCUCCCCGAACGCGCGGUCCCGUCUGCUGCGGGGGGGUCUGGUCCUGCAGCCCAGGUCCUUGCUCAGGCCGUCCCGUCUGCUGCUCCUGUUCCGGUGGCUCCCCCGGUUCUUCGCGAAGAUCCGCAGGCGUCUGGCCUUGGGGGGGAUCUUGGUGUCUCGCCCGUUCCUGCGCCUGGCUCCGUUGCGCCGCCUGUUGCUGCUCCUGCCGUGUCUGUUCACGCCCAUGGCGUGGUCGUUGCGCCGCCUGCUGCUGUCCCUGGAGCGCCUGCUCCCGCUCCUGGCCUGCCCGUUCCCCCGACUGCUGCUGUCCCUGACACGCCCGCUCCUUUCCCUGGCGUGCCCUUUGCGCCGCCUGCUGUUGUCCAUGGCGCGCCUGCUCCGGCCUCUGCCUCGUCCCUGCAGGCGGCGUCCGCCACCACUGGCGGCCCGGCCCCAUUGCUGGCGCCUUCCUCAGUGGGUCACCCUGCUUCUGAGGCUCUCCCUGUUGCGCAGACUGGCCAGCCUGCGCGCCAGUCGCGUCCCCAUUCGCCCGCGUCCCACCAGGAGCGCAGGUCGUCUCGCCGCCGGCGCGAUUCUCCCCGCCGCUAUCAACAGCAGUCGCACUGGCCCGCACACCUCGGAGGCCAGGGGGACCGGAGGGGUCCCCGCGGGCGUGGGGGCGGGUAUCGUCCGCCCGUGACGAUGGCAGACCUUCACCGGGAGGUGUCAAGGGCCGUGCACGAGGAGAGGGCGGCUCAGAGUGGCGGCUCGGGGGGAGGGCAGUACCCUCCUUCUGCUGCAGUCGAAGAGCCGUUCCAGUUCUUAGCGGAGGCUCUUCAGCCUCCGCAGACGCGCGUUCCCGAGGCGACUCUCGGACAGCUCCACCGCCUCGCGGAGAGUCUGCACGCGCUGCUGCUAAUUCAGGUGCUGGCGCACUCAUCUCUCCCCGCGAUCCCUCCCGAGACCCUUCGUAGGCGCCAGCGUGAGACGUGCCUGGACGCGGUAGAUCAGCUCUCGGUGAUGCUGGCGCCCGUGCUGGCUGCGCCCGCGGAGGGAGGCGCUGCUGCCGCGGGAUAG